ACCUUGUUCUCUUCUCAUUCUCUUCUUUAUCACACACUCUCUCUCUCCUUCCGUUUCUGUAUCACUCAGUCCAUCUCUGAAGUUUAGGCAAGUAUUCAGUUCCUGGCAGAGAACGACUGAGAGAGUCCUUGGCUGUAUGAGUGUUCAGCCAAACUCACCGUAAAGGUCAUCAUGGCGGACAGUUUCACCGAUCUGCUCCUCAAACUGCGGGAAGCCCACGAGAGAGAAGUCGAGGGAUGGCAAGUGAAAGUCCAAGAGCUGUCCAACAAGAAGGGCUGUGACACAAAGAGAAUGGAGGAGCUGUUCACUAGAAACCAGCAGAUGAAAGAGCAGCAGAGGAUCCUCACUGAGAAUAUGAAAACACUGGAAAACAGACUGAGGGCUGGACUGUGUGACAGAUGUACAGUAACUCAGGACGUAGCCAAGAGAAGACAGCAGGAAUAUGAAGCCACACAGAUACAGAGCCUCCAGCGUAUCAGUCUACUGGCGGGCGAGUUGAACAGCCUGAAAACGGAGAACAAGAGACUGAGAGAAGACAUCAGGAGUCUGAGAGCAGCAGUGGACAGAGGGCACAGUGACCACUCCUCCAGCAGCAGCACUGCCACAGAUGUCAAAGCCAACAGCUCCCCUGACCUUUCACCUUCCUCUGGACCUGUGGCCCUCAUCAGUCUGGGAACCGGCAGAGCCAGCAACCAGCCAGCAGAUGGCGACGCUGCAGUGAAAAUAGAGGCAGAGCCAAAAACUGAAGACAACAGGCAUGAAAACAGACAUUUGAGAGAAUGGCACAAAACUGUUUUUGAAACCUACAAGCCUCCUUCUGCUUCAGCAUCUGCAUCUACAUCUUGGAAAACACAAGAUAGUAUGCCCCGUGUUGUAGAAAGGAGUUGUAGAACACAAAGUAUUGAAGGACAGGACCGGCAAAUCUCAAAUUCUUCACCUCUAAAGAGCUCUCCAUUGUCUUCAGCCAGCAGAGAGGUGAACUCCAGGCCUGUCCACGUCCACACCCCUGUCCCUUGUCGACCUCACCCAGUCAAGACCACCCCUUGGUCGCUAUCCGAGUCCCCUGAUUGGACCGCUGUGGGUGCAGGCACAAAUCUACUGGGACAGUACUCUGCCAGACCAAACCCACUACGGUUUCAGAACAUCCCAUUCAUCCAACAAGCCAGCUAUUCCAACCCCAGAAGAGCUGGGCUGGUUCUGGGGGCACCUUGGUCCAAGCAGAGCACUCUUCAGGCCUCUUCUAAAGAGCCAACAGUGGUGUUGAGUUUGAGGAGCUUGUCAGAGCAGACAGAAAGACCGUGUAGACCCCAGGAGAAAAAGGACGUCCCACCACUCAAGAAUGAGAGAGUCUCAGGAGAAGGAAAUAAAGACGUAUGUGAGGGCCCGCUGGACCUAUCAGACCCAGGGAGGUCCAAAUCCAGCCAGAGAGAGGAUUCACCUUCAGCCUUACAGGUCACAGAAAGAGUAGAGGAAAGCACUGAGGGGGAUGGAAAGGAAAACUCUGCAGCGAAUAACCCAGCAUCAUCAUCUUCACCUGCUUCACAUUCCUUGUCCGUUUCUACAUCACCACUCAGACAAUCAGAGGAAUCUUCCAAUGACCAUAACCACAAGCUGGUAAUCAAAUUACUGAAACCAAAAGAGGAGAUGAAUGGAAAAACUGACCAAAACAAUGGAAAGAAGGUGCCUGUUCAGACAAUUUCCUUAAGGCCAGUAGUAGUGCUGGAGAGUCUGAAUUUUGCUCUACAAAAGCAAGAAUCUUCAUCGUCGAUUUACACUACACCGUCUCCAGAGGGUCCGGAAAGCAGCUCAGAGGAGAAGGAUGAAGAGGGGAGUGCAUCAGGACAGGAGAGCACCCAGGGGUCCAAGAGGAAGAGGGCAUCUGUGGAGACAGAAACCGACCGAGACUCAGAUGCAGACAACUUUCAACAGGAGAGGAAGAUCAAGAUCACACUGAGAUCUGACAGGAAAAGUCCCAGCUGAAGAAGAUAAGGCUGAUGUCACAGCAUGGAUUUAAAGAAACACAGUGGUCAAUAUAUAACCAAAAGCACAAUUUAUGUGGUGGAAAGAUUUAAUGUCUUUGGCUUCAUGCACUCUGAGCCUAAAUAGCACUACUGAGGGUGAAAGAUAGGAAAACAAAUUAUGCUGUAUAUGUUAACGCAUCACAGCAUUUGGUAUUUACAAGUCAGAGGUUAUAUAUUUACACAUUACCCUUUUACUACUUCCUGUUGUGCCAGUGAAAGCAGCAUUAAAUGGGUCAGUGGAAGCCGCCACAGUGUGAGUCUUGUUUGGCUGCAGAAAUCUGAUAAUAACAACUUAUCAACAUUAAAUGGCACCGGCGGAGCUUUUAAGAUCAAUUGCAUUCAAUGUAAGAGCCGACAUUUAACACCUAAUUUUGUAUUUGACUCUAAUAAAUAAUGGGAUAAACAUUUGCAGGAGCAGAGAAUACUUCCUUUUACAAAACCAAGUGUUUUUAUAUGAAUAUUAGUAUGAUUUGUAUUUUAUUUUUCAGAUAAGGCAGCUUGCAAGGUGAGACAAAUGCUCUGCAUGAUAUUCACAAUACAGCUGCAAACUUAAGCCCUGAUACAAAAAAAAAUGAAACAUUUCAAUAUAAAAAUGGUUUAUGUCCAAUGUCAUGAAAUGAUUUGGUUUUUACUGAUAAACAACACUAGCUAUAGAGGCAAUAAGUCCACAAAAGUGAUAAAUAUUAAGACACAGCUUAAAACUAACAAAUGUUUCUGUGUAAAACUAAAUGUUAAAACUUAGUUUUAAGAAACAGGGUAAGGCUAACCGGAAACACAUAUUUGCAUUCUUCAUAGCACCUUCUGAUGUGUGACAACACAACCAGAGACACUGUAAAACUUUUUGUACCACAUACUGAGUCCUACCCAUUUUCUUGAGGGGUUGCUUAAACAGCCAUCCUAAAGUGAUCUAACAACUUUAGACUCUUUCAUUAAGAUUAGAUAGGUGGUCAGAUUUAUUAGUCUGGCAUCAGUUGUAUUUCUUCACAGUGGUUUUACCAAAAUGUAAUCAAGAAUAUUGUCAGUGCAAUAACUGGCACCUGUAUUAGUCUAGUAUCUGCAGUAAACAGCACUAUUAUGUUCCACCUUUCUAACUUCUCCUUUUCUGUCAGUCUUAAAGCCAAACAAAGGACACUAAACACAGUUUGGGUGUCACCUGCUAACAGUUACAGUAUAAUUCUUCCUCCUUUACACUCUGAAUCCACGUUUCAUCUAACAUACGUAGUUUUUUUUUUUCACUUUCCUGGCACUGUGUCACUGUCAGGCUAUUUUUGUCCACAAAGCCUUCCCCCUAACCCUGUCUUUAGUGACCAGCAGAGAAAAACGCAAUAAGAAAACAGGUUCCUCUUCCUCUUUUUCAUUUUCAGAAUGCACAUAUUUUGCAAGUAUUAACUUUCCGUUCACAGCUGGGGCUGUUUCUGCUAAGCCGAGUGUACAGCGAUGACUAAAGCAGGAUGACAGUUCAAUAUGAUAAACUCAUGCUUUUGUGAUGCAGCACUGUAAACUAAAUAUAUAAAUACAUGUGUAAAGUACUGAAUUUUUGAUUAAGAUUUCCCACCAAAGACUUGGGAUUAGUUAGUAUGUACCCCUACUCUUAAAUGUAUUUUCUCCUUCUGUUCUUUUUCAUAGUGUGCACUUGUUUGUAUUAUUUGUGUGACAGCCCGACCAUCCACAGUCCUAAUGUUGUUCUAUUGAUUUCUCCUGUUUCUGUCAUGUCUCUCUAAUGUCAUUAGAUUCCAUUAUGUACAGUAAUGGUCAGUGGACAAAGUAGAGCAUCCCUACCAUCUCUGUCUGUAGAUUAUCUGAUUGACCGUACUACAGUGAUUGGACUGGUGGGAUUUGGAUUUCACAGUAUACUCAUCUAUCAGCCUAAAUGCUUCAUUAUUCUUUUGCUUUUAAUAAUCACACAGUUGUUGAAUGCGCUACUUCUUAUGCUGAAAUAAAUAUCUGUUCUGUAGGA